CCCCCACCCCCCCACCCCACCCAAAACAUGCCUUCUUCUCCUCCUCCGAUCGAGUCCUAGCCUCCUCGACACACUCAGUCCAUCCCUCCUCUCAGUCGCAGCCAAUCCGCUCCCACCUCCCAGAGAUGAUGAGGGGCGGCGGCGGCGACGAGUACCACCAGCAGCAGUACUACGGCCCGCGCGGGGCGCCGCACGGGCUGCUCAUGGCGGUGGUUCUGGGGCUCCUGGUGGCGGGGCCGCUCUUCAUGGGCGACGGCGGGGAGGCCAUCACGGGCGCCGUCGCGGAGCUCCUCGGCCCCAUGGGGCUCCUGCUGCUCCCCGUCGGCCUCAUCAUCGUCAUCCGCGUCCUCUCCUCCGACCGAGGCGCCGCCGCGCUCGCCGAUGUCUUCGCCCUCGGGGGCUCGCCGGACUCCGUCCACCGCCUCGGGGGGUCGCCCGUCGGGGUCGCGCUCGCGCUCAUGCUCAUCGUCGUCCUGCUCUACUACAGGACGUCGCUCUUCGGCGGCGACGGUGGCGACGACGAGUAGCGGCAGCACCGAUCAAUCGUUCUCGUUCAUCAUGCCCUCUUGAUCAACGCCUGUGAUCAUGAGAGUACUCCUCCCAUAUGUUAAUUCUAUAAAGUGCUGCUUCGUUGGGAUCUGUAUGUAAUGAUGAGUUCGGAUUUGGAAACGCGAAGCUUCUGCUGUGCCAGACUGCCAGUUGAGUAGUUGGCCGUGUUUUGUUCUCA